UUCUCCUCUGCUUCGCCGUUCCUCACCACGACCAGGGGCGAAGGGCGGCGGCGAAGAGAGUCACCCCUUCAGAGAGGAUGGUCACCACGGCAUCGCCGGAGGACGCUGUGCAGCCUCCACCCGAGGCCAAGGGAGCCCAAGGAGAGGCGAAGAGGAAACCGAGCGACGCGCCGGCAAGAGGCGGAGAAGGCGGCGGCGGCGGAGGCGGCGGAGGACGAGGAGGAGGAAGAGGUGGUGGAGGUCAAGGGAAGAAGCGGAAGAACAAGGAGGUUUUCAUCUACGGGAACUACAGGAACUACUACGGCUACCGAAUUGAUCAUAAUGUUGGUGAAGAUCCCCGGCUUGAGAUAUUCAGGAAGGAGUGGUUUGCAGGCAAGGAUUGUCUCGAUAUUGGAUGCAACCAGGGUUUGGUCACAAUUGGUCUAGCUAUGAAGUUUGAAUGUCGAAGCAUCCUUGGAGUUGACAUUGAUUCAGGUUUGAUUGAAACUGCUAAGUGGAAUUUAAGAACGAUAGCUCGAGCAGGCAAGGUGGCUACAAAAAGUGCCAAGGUUCAUAACUCAUCAGACUCCACAACUCAAAGCUGUCCGGAAGUGGUAUCUGAGAUGUCAAAUGGAAAUAUUUCUGUGCACAAACAACAUGAUCUUUUUGAAAUUGUCUCGUUUCGGCCUGACAAUUUUGUACAGAGUACACACAGAUAUUCAGAACAGUAUGACACCAUUAUGUGUUUGAGUGUGACAAAAUGGAUCCACCUGAACUGGGGUGAUGAUGGCAUAAUCACUUUGUUUGUGAAGAUCUGGAGUCUUCUAAGACCGGGAGGGAUUUUUAUCAUGGAGCCUCAACCUUGGAUCUCGUAUAAGAAAAACAGAUCAGUGUCAGAGGUUGCCAGAGAGAACUUCUACGACAUCUGCAUAUAUCCUGAGAAAUUCCGGGAGAUUCUUCUUGACAAGGUCGGGUUCAGGUCAGUGGAGGUUAUUACUGACAGAUUGACUGGUUCCGUCGCUGGUUUUGAUCGCCCAAUCGAAGUUUACCACAAAUGAUGGAAUGGGAUUAACGUUCUUUGCAAGAGGCUCAUGUGGUGCAUCAGGUGCACAAUUUUUGGUUCUUUGGGUUUGUUGAGCUUCACUGUUGCUUUGUUUAGUACAAAAACAACGAUCAAAGGCUUGCAUAACUCUUGCCCAGGACUUUGCCACCCAAGGAAUGAUAUGGAUAGGGUGAUUCUGUUGCCUUUCUUAGGUGUAGUUUUUGGUAUUUUGUCGGAUGGUAGCUUUUGUAUAAAUGAAUUAUGGGUACAAGCUAAUACCUUCCAGCAAUAUAUCAUUUCCAUUCUGUA